CAAUACACUGGAAGAGCAGCAGUUUCCAGUCUCGGUGACCGAAGGCAAAUCUCUUUGCAAUCAUGUUGUCAGUUGCACAUUAUUUACGGUGCCUCUGCUCUAUGUCUGCCAUAUCUUUUAGGUUGUCUGUGAUAAUGUGACCCAAGUACGGAAAUUCGUGCAUGAAUUACAGCUGAUGAUUUCUGAGGAAAAUUUGUGGUUAUGAAAUAGGCUUAAGCGAUCUCGGGAGCAGCGACAUGCACUGGGUUUUGGUUUCGUUGUAUAGGAUAUAAAAUUCUUGUGCAUAUUGGUGGGAAGUGUUGAUGAGUCGUUGGAGGCCUUGCACUGAUGAGGAAAUCAGAACCAUAUCAUCGGCAUAACAAAGGUUGUUUAUAGUUGUUUCAUUGACAGUGCAUCCAAUUAGAAGUGAGUUCACUUUGACAUACAGGGCAUCUGUGUAUGCAUCAAACAGGUAUGGUGAGAGAAUACCCCAUUGCCGAGCCCUUUUAGAGAGCCAAAGGUGCACGAUAAUAGGUUACGCCAUUUGACACAGAAUUGCUGUGUGGAGAUCCAGCAAUAUAAAAUGCCAAUUAAAUAUAGAGGAGUGCCUCUUUUAUGAAGCUUCAGGAAGAGCUUCAGGUAGUUUACUCUGUCAAAUGUUUUUCUCACAUCUACAAAACAGGAAAACAGGAGAGGCUGGUGGUAGACAAUAGUUCAGCAAUUCUGUCAGUAUGUAGAUGCAGGUGUCGGUUGAGUGGUUUACUUUAAAUCCAAACUGGUUGUCAGCGGUGUGUAGAAAGGGGAGAAAUCUUACUAGAAGAACCAACGCAAUUGUUGUGAUUGCAAUCGCCCAGUAAUUGCCAGGUUAGCUGCAUCCUUUAGCUUGUUUUUUAUCAACGGUAUCAAGUGAACCAAGAGUAGGUAGUCUGGAAGAAACUGGUGAAUUAUGCACGCAUUGAGUAGGGCAGCUAGCAAAAUGUAGAUUAUCGGAUGGCAGAAUUUGAAAUUUUCUAUGGGAAGACCAUCGCAGCAAGGCAAUUUAUUAUUAGGUAGGCUGUUUAUGGCAUCGCCUGAUGUUACUUGGCGUAAUACGAUUUGCAAAAUGUAAUUGAAUGUUAUCAGUAUGAAGGUUGUCUAUAUCCCUUCAGUAGUCUUGAUCGUUAAUGCAAUUCAAGAUAUUGCUCAAGUGAUUACCCCACAUACUUGCAAUAGCCUCGUCACCGACUGCUUCUCCUACCCUCUGUGAUAACUUUUUAGUUUUGGGAUUUAAGGAAUGGAUAUAUAUCCAAAGACUAGGAUAACCACCAGAUUCUAAAUUUCUAGACUUUGCAUCAGCUCUUAGUUGCUUUUCAUUUAAUCUGCAUUGCUUAAGAGCAAGUUUGAACUGUGUUUUUGCAUGUCUAAUUAGUAAUGCAGAGUCUCCUUCCCUUGGACUACCAUUUGCCUCCACAGUAAAAACAUUUCUAGUGAAUAUUUAUACAGAUCUUUAACGAAAUCUAAAGGUAGCCCUGCCGGAGGUAAGCAUAGCAGAAAUUAUGUUCAAAUCUCUCCUGUGGUGGUCAUUUCUACAAUUUGAACUGUUCUCUGCAACAUGGUUUUCUGUUGGUUUUCAAAAUUCCAGUUUACAGCUGGUGGGCAAUCAGUCAGGUAGUCCGUUGCAAGAUUGUAGCGAUAUUGCAGGUCACAAUAGAAUCAUGAAGUUGUGGAGAUGUGAUGCAAUGGUCUAGCCAGGAGGCUGUAAUUGUCCCCGUUCUAUUUUGCACAUAGGAAUAGGAGGAGGGAGGGAGGAGUAUUGCAUCACUAAUUUGGAGAGCAUGAUUUUGACAGAAGUAAGUUCGUUAUAAAGUUGUAGUUUUGGGUAAGAAUUAAGGUCCCUAUUAUACAGAUAUGAUCAGCUGGAGAAUCGUGAAUAAUACUGUGUAAGUCAACUAGGAUCAUGCAGUAUUCAUCAAAAUUAUUCUUAUUUUCUCAGGGCACAUAAACAUUAAUCGUUAGGCUCUUACAGCUCCCUACUGUCACUUGAAGCCCCAGCAAUCUGUCACUCCUGUAGGUCAUCACAUUUACCAUGUUGUCUAAUGAUUUGUGCCACAGGAAAGAAAGGCCCCCUUUUGGGCGACUGGCUAUGAUUUGUCUGUAACUUGCAUGGAUGAAGUAGAGAAGGUUCUGAAGUCUUCAUGUAUUGAAUCGCACAUGACAAGGUCGUGUGGCCAUAAGAGAGUUUCUUGCAAUGCAAUGAUGCCUUUGAACUUUUUCAGAAUAUGUUUAGGAGAGGAAUGUUCCACUUGAGGCCAAAAAUAUUUCAAGAGUUUAUAUCUAAUGUAUCCAUGGCUACUCAUGAAGAUGGGAGAUGAAAGCGCUGAUCACCUGGGUGGAUGGGUGGUUAGCACGGGGGAGUGGGCAGUCACUUGCAUGGGAGGUUAGCUGGCACUUGCGAAGGAAGUGACCCUGCUUAGGGUCUCAGUAAGUUCCCUUGUGAGCGGGUAGUUGGUCCUGGAUUAGGUUAUAUCUUGUGACUUUUAUAUUAGGACCAAAAUUCUCGCCAUUAAGAACAUCGAGGUGUUGAAAUAGGAUGAUAAUCCUGUAAGCCACUUUAUGUAUAAUUUUGCAUGGGAGUUUGUGGGAGGUGAGGGGUUCAGAGCCCGUGAGAAACUUCACUCUCUCCACUAGCAUCACCAAUGAGUGCAGAUUGUGAAUUACUACGUGACAUCUCUUCUCAGGUUUCAAGUGAGGUCAAUCAGUUAGACUUUGGUCCAGUGGGCAAACGAGAAGUUCUUUUAUUUUUUCUACUUGUUUGUGUUUGCCAGCUGCCAGAGCCCUCAUGACCAUUCUCAUCCACAUCCACGAUGGGCGAUUUGUGGGGAGAGAUAAGGUCGGGAAAUUCACGAGGGCUGGUGAUUGUCACUGAAGAUAUAUCUUCCACCAGAGGUACUGGGGAGGGAGAGGAGGUUGGAAGACCAACGGUCCCCUCAGAAUGGUCUAUAGGUGAUGGGGACACUUCAGCCGAGGGAGAGAGGCCAGUUGACAAUUGGGUGAGCAUAGCCAUCUCGACUUUGUGUUGCACCCUCACUUCUCCCGUGUUGCUGGGAGGCUAGGAAAUGAAGGCUGAAUAUUUAAAGUGAAUACACGAAGGACCUCUAGGAAUUUUUAAUAGCCAGAUUAGAGCAAAUCAAUGCCUUUAUUUGAAAUGUCAUGCUUAAGGAUAUUACUGAACACAGGUGAUUGCCAAGAAUGCCUGAUAAAUAAAAGAAAAUACCCAAAUAAACCUAUGUAGUCACUUUCAACCCCCAAUCUCCCAUGGCAGUUUAUUUCCAAAGAUCUUUUGAAUGAGGCAACCAGCAUUUUAUCGUUGUACCUGGCAAUUUUAGUAAAAUGCCUUUUAUUAAGCAGCUAGGCCGAGAUACCCCAUCAAGAUGUCAUGAAUUAUCUGGAUGAACUUUUCAGUAUCCAUGGUCCAAGUCAGAUCCUGUACUCUUAUAAUGAACCCUAAUUGAGAGGAUGGUAGGUGUAGUGAAAAAUAUAUUGAGAAAAGCCAAAAUGUCCGACUCCAAUAUCCACGAAACCCUACUACCAUGGAAUGAAAAGUCAGGAGAAAUAUAUCCAAUAGCCUUCCUAUUAAAGUGGAGACAACCCCCCUGAUCUCAUGGAUCAUCACUUCAAGCUAUAGGAGACCAGCACCAAUUCUAAAAGCAAUUACGUAUAAUCUUUAUACAUGUUCAGAGUCAUUACCUGGUAUGAAGGUGCUAGUGCAAGAUGGUAAGAAUUGGUUUCCUGCUACAAUAAAGUUGAAAAAUCCUGGACUCAGGCCAUAUACCUUAAUGACCCCAAAUGGUAGUGAAAUAAGAAGAAACCAGACGUUUUUGAAGGAUCUUUCAUGGAAUGCUGUAAAACAAUUUACAUUCAGGGAGUUACCAGCCAAUGGCACUGAUAGUGAUACAGCUGCGGAAGGCAAUAACAGUGCAUGUCCCAAAUCUGUCCAUUUUGAUGAGCAUAAGAAAUAGAACCAUCGAUGCCACCAUCACCUGUUAAGCAUCCUAUAACCUCUGCCCCAAGUGAAAGACUCAUUAUGAAGCCCAUAAGCUACCAAAAAGACAUUUGAGUUCAAAUUGAAGUUUGAAAAAGCCUGAGAUGAUGUUUAUGUCUUCCUAGCAUGUUUUCCUUAAAUGAAUCAGUUGUGUUGCUUAAGAAAAAUGUUACUUGUUGCUUGCUGAGGGCUUAUCCAGGUCCUGCACCACUUCCACAGCACAUUACUUAAGGUUCUUUGCAGCGUCCCUUCGGCCCCUAACUGCAACUACUUUCAUUUCUCUUACUGUACCUCCUUUCAUAUUAUCCUUCUUCCAUCUUACUUUCCACCCUCUCCUAACAAUUGAUUCAUAGUGCAACUGCGAGGCUUUCCUCCUGUUACACCUUUCAGACCUUUUCAUUGUCAGUUUCCAUUUUCAAAUUAACAGUUUUUUCAUCGACUAGUACACCGAGUUACAAUAAUCUAUAUGGAUUAUAACACAGGUGAUGACAAGAUUCUUGACAGAUCUCUCAUCAAGAUAUUUCCUUACUAAGGCUAUAUUCUUAUGAUGUGAUCCCCCAGCUUUCUCUACAUUAUUAAUCUGUAUACUGAGUGACAAGCUACAAUCCGACCCUAUCAGUUGUCUGCAAUUAAUUUUCAAUUAUACACACCUGAUUAACACCCAGACUCCUUAAGAUACUCUCCUUACUGACUAUCAUAAGCUCAAUUUUAUUUUCGUUCAAAUUCAACUGUCUCAAAGUCAUCCAUUGCUUAAUAUUCGAUAGAACUUAUUUAAUUUUCUAUUGGUAACCUCAAUAUUUGUAACAGUGAAAUAGAAUUGUGUCAUUGGCAUAUGAAUUAUAUUCUACUUCAAGAUUAUGUAGUAUAUUAGACAAACUAAUUGUAGACGCAAAAUAGAAUAGGGCCAGGUAAACUUCCCUGAGGAACUCGUCUCAUCAAAGGUUCAUACAAUGACAUGGCAUUUCCAAUCUGUAAUCAAUAUCAUCUAUCCUUCAAAUAGACCUUCAAAAGUUCAAGUGCAUCAUCCACAACUCCAAUGGAUUGGAGAUCAUCUAAGAAUAAAUCAUGUACUACAAUUCUGUCAAAGGCAGCGCUAAGAUCCAAGACCACCAAAAAUAUCACAUUUAACUGUAUCCAUCAUUUCCAAUAGGUAAUUUACCACUAAACAUACAGUGGUCUCAGUCGUCUUUAUGCAGACUGACAAUCAGGAAAAUCACUUGCGAUAUUUAGAUGGGAGCACCAUAGUUACAUCAAGUAGCUGGCAAUGACCCUCACCCAGCCCUAGGCAGAACAGCUCCUCAGCAACCCCCACCUCUCAAGAAACCUCAAAGCUACCACAUAGCUGGAGUUAGAGAUCUCCCUUCACAUAGCUCUGCAGCUGCUUCAGAGUAUCCUGUAAUGGCAGACAGCAAAGCACCUAUGGUGUUGUGCACAAAAGAGGACCGAAAAUCAAGGCACAGAUGCAACAACUGUGGAAAUUCUGUGUCCCUGCCACAUAAAUCCAGUCUGUGGACUGCAUUGAACAAGAAAAUUUUAGGAAACGUCACCAACUCGACCGGACGGGCUUGGAGGUUUGGACCACUGGGAGACAAAUUCGUAGAUAGAUUCAUAAUCCGAGACACGGACUCUCCCAUAUUUCAGAGAGAAGUGGAUGCUGUUCAAGAGUGGAUUUUAGAUGGCACUUGUUUCCACGUUAUGCGGGAUCAUCCCUGGCACGGGGUUCCUAUCCUGGGUGGUAUGUGGGGUGGGUGCAAUGACUGGCGACAUGAAGAAGUUCUUGCUAUAACUAAAACCAUCUUCCGACUGGCUAAAUCAACCCGUUCUGACCAAGGGGAAGUUGGUAAACAUUUAUACCAUUUGGUGAAAGAGAAUGGUACCAUACAUGACUCUUACACUUGCGGCUCGUUUCGGGGCUCCAAACCUUUCCCAACACAGAGGUUUGGUGAUACUUCAUUGGCCAGAAGUCACUUAUGAAAUCUUUCCGAAGGCGUGAUCUGAAGCAAUGUCCUGCAAAGUGUCGACCUAAAAAUCAUCCUGAUUGGCUAUACUGCUGAACAUUCACUGCCAUAUUGUUUGAUAAGUUGGAAUGUGCUAUGAUUUUGUUUGAUAUAAUCUUCUUUCAGUACUAAAGAUUAUAGAUAUUAAACACAUCUUUUAU